GCGGAGGCGGAGGGGAGGGCAGAGGGUUGGUGGAGCAAAAGGAAGCUCCCGACGACGACUAGAAAAAGGAGGCGGGCGGCCAGGGCCCCAGGCCCCUCCCAGGUUCUGAGUCUCCCCGGCUGCAGGCGGAUGGAUGAGGCUUCUUCAGGCGGUGGCGGCAGCAGUGAAGGUGGCGGCGGCAGCAGCGGCAGCGGCUAUGGUGUGGUGGCUCGAUUCUCCCAGUGCCUGGCUGAGUUUCGGACGUGGUUAAGAACCAACUGGUUGAGGUUCAAUGCAGACAAGACGGAUGUGAUGCUGCCAUCUGUUGAGUCUUCGAGUCCAGGAGGUUCAGCAACAUCAGAUGACCAUGAAUUUGAUCCAUCAGCUGACAUGCUGGUUCAUGAUUUUGAUGAUGAACGAACAUUAGAAGAGGAAGAAAUGAUGGAAGGAGAAACAAACUUCAGUUCUGAAAUAGAGGAUCUUGCAAGGGAAGGAGACAUGCCAAUUCAUGAACUUCUCAGUCUUUAUGGUUAUGAUAGUACUAUUCGACUACCUGAAGAAGAUGAGGAGGAGGAAGAAGAGGAAGAAGAAGGAGAAGAUGAUGAAGAUGCUGAUAAUGAUGAUAACAGUGGCUGUAGUGGAGAAAAUAAAGAAGAGAAUAUAAAGGACUCAUCAGGUCAAGAGGAUGAAACUCAGUCUUCCAAUGAUGAUCCGUCACAAUCUGUUGCUUCUCAAGAUGCCCAAGAAAUAAUCCGCCCACGUCGAUGUAAAUAUUUUGAUACUAAUAGCGAAAUAGAAGAAGAAUCUGAAGAAGAUGAAGAUUAUAUUCCAUCAGAAGACUGGAAAAAGGAGAUCAUGGUGGGCUCCAUGUUUCAAGCAGAGAUUCCAGUUGGCAUUUGUAGAUACAAAGAAAAUGAAAAAGUGUAUGAAAAUGAUGAUCAGCUCCUGUGGGACCCUGAGUACUUACCGGAAGAUAAAGUGAUUGUAUUUCUUAAGGAUGCAUCUAGAAGAACAGGUGAUGAGAAAGGUGUAGAAGCAAUUCCUGAAGGAUCUCACAUAAAAGACAAUGAACAGGCAUUAUAUGAGUUGGUUAAAUGCAAUUUUGACACAGAAGAAGCAUUGAGAAGAUUAAGAUUUAAUGUAAAAGCGGCUAGAGAGGAAUUAUCUGUUUGGACAGAAGAAGAGUGUAGAAAUUUUGAACAAGGGCUAAAGGCCUAUGGAAAGGAUUUUCAUUUGAUUCAGGCUAAUAAAGUUCGAACAAGGUCAGUUGGUGAAUGUGUAGCAUUCUAUUAUAUGUGGAAAAAAUCUGAACGUUACGAUUUCUUUGCUCAGCAAACACGAUUUGGAAAAAAGAAAUAUAAUCUUCAUCCUGGUGUAACGGAUUAUAUGGAUCGUCUUCUAGAUGAAAGUGAAAGUGCUGCGUCUAGUCGAGCACCGUCCCCUCCCCCAACUGCCUCAAACAGUAGUAACAGCCAGUCUGAGAAAGAAGAUGGCACUAUCAGCAAUAGUAAUCAGAAUGGGGUGUCAUCUAAUGGACCAGGUGAAAUGUUGAACAAAGAAGAAAUCAAAGUUGAAGGGUUACACGUUAAUGGACCAACAGGUGGAAAUAAGAGACCACUUCAUGCAGACAUGGAUACUAAUGGUUAUGAAACAGAUAACCUUACCACUGACCCAAAACUUGCCCAUAUGACUGCAAGAAAUGAAAAUGAUUUUGAUGAAAAAAGUGAGAGACCUGCCAAAAGGCGAAGGGUAAACAGCAAUGGAAAAGAAAGUCCCGGUUCUUCUGAAUUUUUCCAAGAAGCAAUGUCACAUGGGAAAUUUGAAGAACUUGAAAACACAGAUGACUAAAUUUUAGACUUGUUUUACUUUCUUUGGAGUAAAAUCUGGUGUGACUAAAAUUUUCAGGGUUGAUGGGUUACCUUAAAAAGUUGAUUUCCUUGAAGCAGUUGGUUAAAAUUUUGAAAAUUUGAAUUGAGUCCUAACUUUAGUAAGAUUUCAUAAUUCUGCCCUUUGUAGACUUUUUACUUUAAAAGUGUAAAGACCCUGUUAAGGAUAAAACAAAUAGUUUAGUAAAUUUGAAUGAACUACAGA